AUGAGUUCAGAAAAGGAGUUUAAGUAUCAUUCAAGGUGUAAGAAGUUGAAGAUCACACAUAUGAUGUUUGCUGAUGAUCUACUCAUGUUUGCUAGAGCUGAUGUGCCUUAUGUUACAGCUUUGUUUGGAGCUUUUACUAAAUUCUCAACUGCCUCUGGCCUCAAUGCAAAUUUGCACAAAAGUGAAGUGUAUACAGCUGAUGUUCCUGAUGAUAUUUCAAGUCAAACUGUUGCUAGGAUUGGCAUCCAGAAAGGUAACUUUCCUUUUAGGUAUUUAGGGGUACCUCUGACAACUAGAAAGUUGAGCUUUACUGACUGCAAUCCCCUUAUUGAGAGAACGAUUUUUGUCAUGCCUAAGAAGGUCAUGAAGGAGCUGAGAUUCAAAGAAUCUGUAGGUGCUUUCUGUGGACAGCAAGACAGGUUAUGGGUGAAGUGGAUCCACACUUAUUAUGUGAAACAGUUUGAUUUCUGGACAAUGCCCAUUACCUCUGGGAUAACUUGGUCUUUGAGGAAGAUUUGGCAAUACAUAGAUGUUUUGAUGCAAGCAGGUGGGGUGAACCAGUGCAUUGGAAGAGAAUUGUCUGUAAUAGUAAGGCUAGUCCUAAGGGGACUUUUCAUCACUUGGUUAGCUUUACAAAAGAGACUUCCUACUAAGAGUAGGUUGAUUAGUUGGAAUAUAUCAAUGGAGAUUGUGAAUCCUGUCAGGUGCAUGAGGAAAGGUUGA